AUGCAGAACAAGAGACCAUCCAGGGGGGACAUGAGGGACGGAAUAAGGCGCAUCAGCAUCAGCAUCAGCAUCAGCAUCUCCAUCACCAUCACCAUCACCAUCACCAUCACCAUCACCGCCGAUCUUUCCUUACGUUCGUUCCUCCAUUAUCCACCGCUCCCCUCAUUUCACACUGCCCUUUCCGGUCCUUGCUCCCUCCCCGUCUCCUCCCCUGCCGCUCCCUCCCGUCUCCCUCUCUCCCUGCCUCCUUCCCUCCCAUCCCUCUCUCCAUCGCUUUUCACCUCCCCACCCUCUCUGCCUCUCUCCCCCUCUCCCUCUCGCUCCUCCGCCUCCGUUCUCUCUUCCUUUCAUCACCUGCUACUGCAUUGCAUGCGCGCCUGUUCCCUUGCAGCAGCGGCAACGGGAGCGGGUGUAGGCCCUCCCUGCCCUGGCAUGCCCCCAAGGAGUCCGCUGAAGAUUGCUGCUGGUGGGGGCCGGCGGGAGAUCAUUCUGAUCAAGGAGCCAAAGAAGAGUAGGAGGCAGAGGGCUGCGUCUGUGGGUGGCGGUGCUGGGAGUGGGGCGGUUGGGGCAGUCUGUAUUACACAGGAGCAAGCCGUGGUUGGUGGCGGUGCUAGUGCAGGGGAGCAGCAGGAGCAGAAGAAGCAAGAGGGGCAGGAUGGGGAGGUUCAGAAGAAGGGGCAGGAGGAGCAGACGAUGCAAGAAGAGGAGCAGGCCAAGCAGAAGGAGGAACAGGAGGUGAAGCAGGAUGAGCAAGUGAGUCUGAUGCAGCAGAGUAGAACGUUAGCAGUGGCGCCUCAGCAGCAGCAGGAACAUCUCAAUUCACAGGCGCACGGGAAGGGUUAUAAGGGUUUAGGAAUAGAGCUAUCUGCUCCGCAGCAGGAAAAAGAGCAGACAGCAAACCUGCAGCAGCAGCAGUCGCAGCAAGUGAAGGUAGAAACUGCACUCAUUUCUGGGGUGAGUCAGCAAAUCGGGGGCAUAUCACUUGGGAAUGACAUGGAGGUCCCUACACCCAAGGGAUUCACCGCGUUAUUCUCCUCCUCCUCCUCCUCCUCCUCCUCCUCCUCCUCUUCCUCCUCCUCCUCCUCCUCCUCCUCCUCCUCCUCCUCCUCCUCCUCCUCCUCCUCCUCCUCCUCCUCCUCCUCCUCCUCCUCCUCCUCCUCCUCCUCCUCCUCCUCCACCACCACCAUGGCCCUUGCUCAACGGAAACCUUUCUACUCAACAUCAUUCGUUCCCGUGCAAUCCUCUACACCUGCCGAUUUCCCCAGCCUCUCCUCCCCUUUCCCCUCCUCCCCUGUCUCCUCCUCUUCCUCACGACCACCAACUAACCGCGUGUUACGUAGGGGCUGGUCGUCGGAAGUCCCUGGGGAUAGAAGCAGGGGUAAGAGGGCAGCGGGAGAUGGCAGCAGGGGGGGAAUGGGGCUGGGAGGGUACGGGGAACGUGAGAGCGUUUUGGUUGGGGAGUACACGAAACUGAAACGGCCUUCAACUAGUGGUGGUGGCGGUGGCGGUGGCGGCGGUGACGGCAGAGGUUUUCUUUAUAGUGAAGAAGGGAACAACACGCCAAGCGGCUCUAAGGUCAGCAAGGGCGGCGGCCUCUCCCUCCCUCUCACCGGUUUCCCCGACUCAUCCUUCAAUGCUUCAGUGUCGGGCGCAUGGCAGCAGUUCAGCCGCUCCCUACGCCUUCUCUCCCCGUUAGACCUCUGCGGAGCCCCGCCGCAGCCCUUGAGAGGAGCACGGCCGGGCGCCCGGCUGCCUGCCCUUGGGGGGUUUAGGGGGCUUGGGGGAGCAGCGGGGGGGGGAGGUGGGUCGGAGGUGGAGAUGGAGUGGAGGGAGAGGCUGUUAGAGAGGCGCAAGGAGGUUGGGUUCCAGCGGUCGUCCUCGCUGAGUGACGCAGAGGCGUUUCAGCAUCUGGGGCUGUAUGGGUUGGACGAGGAGGGGUAUGGGCAGGAUGGGGUGGGGAAGGAGGGGGGGGGUUUGGGAUCCAGGGACGGGAUGAGAAAGGGUGGGAUUGGCGCUGGGAGUGGUUUUGGCUUAGGAGUGGGUCGCAGCUCGAGUAGUAAGUCAGCAGAGGAGGGUGCUUCUGCUGGUUCUCCUGCGUCUGCUUCUGCUUCUGCCGUUGCGGGCGCUGGUGGUGGUGGUGCGAGCUCUGCUGGUUUCGCCGCUGUUGGCUUUGGUGCCGGUGGUGACGUGCUGGGCUUCCUGUCUCGUGGGUUCGGAGGCAGUAGCAGGUCAGCAGGAGGGGCGGUGGGAGCAGGGGCAGGGCGAGUGCAGCAGCAGCAGCAGCAGCAGCAGCAGCAGCAGCAGCAGCAGCAGCAAGGCAGUGGGGGUGCGGGCCUGGCAGCGUGCAUCAGCGGUGCAGCAGGCAGCACAGGGAGGAUGAUGGGAGGAGGAGGGGGUUGGAAUGCAGUGGGUGCAAGUGGUGAUGAUGACGAUGACGAGUCGCUGCUGCUGGGUUACUCGAGAAUUGAUGUUGAUGGUGACUCUGCGGGGGGUUCAGGGAGAAGCGGGGAGCAGGAGGAGGGCGUGGAGGCAGCCGUGGGAGUGGGGGUGGGCGUGGGGAGGCUCUGUCUGCUUGUCGCCGUGUUGGCUCUGCAAGCCCUUGUUGGCGCUGCAAUUGCCUUCCUUGUUCUCUUCACCUGA